CACAAUGGAUUAAAAAGAUAAUUAAAUCCAAAUACCGUGACUUUUGUCUUUCUCACGCAACCAAACGUUGUCUUGAACCAACCCAUUUUGUAUCCUUUUCCAUAGACUACAGUGGGCAGUGUCUGUUUCUGCUGGCGGUGCUUUCUUUCCGUCUCUGGGCUUCACAACAAUGAAAGGCUUCCAAUCCGAUUUAUCCUCCGCCGUUCGCCUCAACAUUGGAGGCAAGAAAUUUUGCACCACCACCGAUACUCUCACUCAGCGCGAACCCGAUUCAAUGCUUGCCGCUAUGUUCAGUGGCCGCCACACGCUGUGCCAAGAUCCUGACAAGGGGUAUGUGUUUGUUGAUAGGGAUGGUAAACACUUUCGGCACAUUCUCAAUUGGUUAAGGGAUGGUGUGGUGCCUACUCUCGAGGAGUCUCAGUACUCAGAGCUGUUGAGGGAGGCUGAGUACUAUCAGCUACUUGGGCUUAUUGAUGGAAUCCAUUCUGUCCUUAAUAAGAAGAAUGAAGACGAUGAGUUCCAUACAGAGUUGACACGAACAGAUAUCAUCAAGUGUAUACAAUCUGAGAAAGUAAGGUUUCGAGGGGUUAAUCUUUCCGGCCUUGACCUCUCUAAACUGGAUUUAUCUUAUGUUGAUUUCAGCUAUGCUUGUCUUAAAAACGUGUUUUUUUCACGAGCAAACCUUCAAUGUGCAAAGUUUCGAGAUGUUGAUGCCGAGGGCUCCAUCUUUCACAAUGCAACUUUGCGUGAAUGUGAAUUUACUGCGGCAAAUCUUCGUGGUGCUUUAUUGGCUGGUGCAUGCCUUCAGAGUGCAAAUCUACAAGAUGCUUGCUUAGUAGACUCUAGCUUCUGUGGAGCAGAUCUGCGUACUGCACAUCUACAGAAUGCAGAUCUUACCAAUGCCAAUCUAGAGGGAGCCGUCCUAGAAGGAGCUAAUUUGAAGGGUGCAAAACUGAACAAAGCAAACCUGAAGGGUGCAAACCUUCAACGAGCUUAUCUUUGUCGUGUCAAUCUUCGAGAUACAGAAUUGGAAGGUGCGAGGCUCGAUGGUGCAAAUUUGCACGGAGCAAUUAGAUAAUGUUUGUGCUGACAAUGAAAAAAUUGGGAAGUUGCAAUAUGCUUAUAGAAUGUCAAUACCAGAUGAGUGGUGAACUUGAGAAGUUGAACGUCGAAAGCUAUCUUGUGUUUGAGAGUAAUUAUUAGUGCUGCUCGUGAAGUUGCUCAAUUGGGCGUUGAUAUUGUGGUUAUGCCUGCUGAUGAUAUUCUCCAACAUGCUGUUGAUAUUGAGAAAAGCCGUUUAGGCUGUUCUUGCUCAUAUUUUGUAUUCAUUGUGGUUUGUUGCUUUUCUAAUGUAUCCAGCGAUUGAAAAUUGGAAUAUUACUAUUUAUAUUAUAUGAAUCUUCUUGUGUACAGUGCAUGGUUGAUAAAACUUGGUAAUAAUCAAGUGUGAUUAGCAUGUCA